AUGUCCCUCAUCUCGGUUCUUGCGCUCUCGAAUAACCUUCACAAUCUUCCGGCCAAGCUGGUAUCUCAGCUAUCGGAAGGCAGCGCCAAUCCUCAGGAAAUCAUACCCCUGAUCGCUCGUGUCAUCCUUCUAUGGCUUCUGGUGACCAGCGGUCGACGUCUUUGGACGUAUGCGACUACGUGUCUUUUACGAUUCAUCUUUCCAACCGUCCAUAUCAAUUGCCGAGAUCCCAGCUACGAAAUGACCUUGGUCUGGAUAGCAAAGGAUCCUGGAGCCAGGCGACAACUCCAUGACUACGAGCUGAACACCACUGAUGCGCGAUGGCUGAGAAGUGGCAAGCGUCAGACUGGCACCAGCGAUAAGUAUUGGACCAAGGUCGAUACGGGUGGCAUUACAGCUGGUGAACACACGUCUAGCUGGAGGGCGGGCGGUGUUGUUGGGCAACAAGUUCCCCUUGUGGAUCAAAGUGUUAGAAUCAAACACAACGGCAACUAUCUGUGGAUUACCCGCCGGCGGUCGCCUAAGUUCAACGAAGGGGCUCGCGUCGAAAUCAAGACGAUUGCUUAUAGGCCUCAUAUCAUUCAGGACUUUAUCGUUUCUGUAAAUGAGAGUUUCUAUGAAAAGGAAGACAAAGAGCUGCGGAUCUUUCAUCCCAAACGUAUCGAACCAACUUGGAUGCAGCCGAUUAAGCGUCGUGCCCGUGAAUGGGGAUCCGUCAUCCUACCCCCCGGUAAGAAGGAGGAGAUACUUGAAGGCAUCAAGCGUUUCUUGUCAGACAAGGAUAGAAAGUGGCACGCUUCAAGGGGCAUUCCUCAUCGCAAAGGCAUGAUCCUAUAUGGGGAGCCGGGGGCAGGCAAAACAUCUCUUGUCAUCGCACUGGCAAGCAAACUGAACAUCGACAUGUAUAUAAUCAAUCCUGCCCAGAGAGGUAUGGACGAUGCCAAGCUAUCUACUCUACUGCGCAAUUGCCCUUCCGAGACUAUCGUCCUCAUCGAAGACAUCGACUGUAUCUUCCCGGCCGGUCGUCAAAACUCUUCCACCGCUAACGAGGUCAACAACGAGGAGGCUGAUUACUUGCAAAUUGACGACGAAGGCGAUUCAGAGACUCAGCUUAGCAGAGCAGCAGCGGCACGAGAUGGCUUUGCCGGUGGAGGACAGCCACCGUCUACCGUUACGAUGUCGGGGCUUCUGAAUGCUCUUGAUGGUGUUUCCAGUCAAGAGGGCUGUGUUGUCAUUGCUACCACUAAUCAUCUCGAAAGACUGGAUUCGGCUCUUAUCCGCGAAGGCCGUUUCGAUGAUCACAUCCAUUUCACCUUUGCCAUCCCCAGACAAGCCCAGGAUCUCUACGUUCACCUCUUCCCCCUGGAAGACUUUGGCCCCUACUCCGAGCGAAGCGAUUUCGAACUGGAGAACGAAGAGUCUGAAAAGUCUGAAGUCAUCUUCAAGGACCAGGCCGACCUCGAAAAACAUGCGAGCGCCUUUGCCGACGCCAUCUUUUCUACUCCCAACUCUAUUCAUCUCCCGGCUGAAGAAGUCAAAGGCUCCAAAGAGAUCACCAUGGCGGCGCUGCAGAGUUACCUCACGGGCUAUAAAUAUGCCCCCAUCGAUGCUCUUGAAGGUGCGAGCAAGUGGAUCAAGGAUUACGAGGCGACGAAGCAGGAGAAGUCCAGGGUAAGGCUUACGGCCGCGCUGGGUUAUGAUUAUAGCCCGAAAGGGGCACCGUCCAAGGGAAAGACAUUGUAG